ACACAUUAAAAAGAUUGCCACACACAGGUAAGAUCACGGAGAAGAAAUUUCGAAUAGAAUUCAUACUCAUUUUAGCAUGUUACAAUUAAGUGACUUUUGCAACAAUUCUGGAAUUGUGCCUCAUCAUUUGGGAAGCUCAAGAUGGACAAAACAAGAAAUGUGCAGGAGGGAGUCACAUGGAACAACAAGAUUGAGUACAUGCUGACCUCCAUCGGUUUCGCAGUUGGGAUCGGAAACGUUUGGCGUUUCCCCUACCUGUGUCAAAUUUAUGGAGGAGGAGCGUUCCUCAUCCCCUACCUGAUUGCGCUGGUGUUUGAGGGUCUCCCCCUGCUCUACCUGGAGAUGGCAAUAGGACAGAGGCUCCGCAAGGGAAGCAUCGGAGUGUGGAAGAACAUCUCACCCUUUCUGGGUGGAGUUGGCAUUGGCUCUAUGAUUGUAUCGUUCCUGGUGUGCAAUUUCUACAACACCAUCCUGGCCUGGGUCUUCUGGUACUUUUUCAACUCCUUCCAGAACCCUCUGCCAUGGAGCCAGUGUCCACUUAACACUAAUCGUACAGACCUGAAUGAGGAAUGCGUGAAGAGCACUCCAGUCAAUUUCUUCUGGUACCGUCAGACACUGAACAUCACCCCUGACAUGGGAACCAGUGGUUCUCUGCAGUGGUGGUUGGUGGUCUGCCUGGCCUGUGCCUGGUUGACAACGUAUAUUUGUAUCAUCAAAGGAAUCCAGUCUGUGGGAAAGGCAGUGUACGUGACAACCACGUUGCCAUACGUGGUACUCACCAUUUUUCUGGUCCGCGCUCUCACCCUGCCCGGCGCUACGGAUGGACUGGUGUAUCUCUUCACUCCGGAUUGGGAGAUACUGAAGAACCCUCAGGUGUGGUUAGACGCCUCGACUCAGAUAUUCUUCUCUCUGUCAGUGGCCUUUGGAGGUCUGAUAGCAAUCUCCAGCUAUGCCGAUGAGAAAAACAACUGCGAGAAGGAUGCAGUCAUCGUGGGAUUAAUAAACAGUGCCACAUCCCUAUACGCUGCCAUAUCUAUCUUUUCCACCCUGGGUUUUAAAGCUAACGUCGGUUUUAACUCCUGCCUAAAAGAAAACAUCUUGGUUUUGACCAACCACUUUGAGUUUUCUGACCAGAAUAUAACAAGGGACAACUACGACCACUGGGUUGAGUACCUGAAUUUGACAAAACCAGAUGAGCUCUCUAGCCUGCAACUGAGGCCCUGCAACCUGAAAACAUUCCUUGACCAGAGUGCUUCUGGAACAGGCCUGGCUUUUAUAGUGUUCACUGAAGCAGUGCUGGAGAUGCCGGGCUCGCAGUUAUGGGCGGUAUUGUUUUUCCUAAUGCUCUUCAGUUUAGGCCUCUCCUCCAUGUUUGGUAAUGUAGAGGGAGUCCUGAGGCCCCUCAGUGACCUCAAUCUGGUACCCAAGUGGAUGCCUGAAGAACUUAUUACAGGGGUCUUCUGCUUGAUUUCAUUUUCCAUUUCUCUCAUCUUCACCAUGGGUUCUGGGAACUACUGGGUGGAGGUCUUCAACAGCUACGUGGGCUCAGUUCCCUUGCUCAUUAUUGCGUUUUGCGAGCUUAUUGGAGUUGUUUAUGUCUAUGGAAUGAAAAAUUUCAGUGAAGACAUCUAUUUCAUGACUGGGAAGAGGCCGAAUCUUUAUUGGAGAAUUUGUUGGACUACUAUCAGUCCUUUAAUGCUUAAAGUAGUGUUGAUUGCGUAUGUGGUCCUCCAAGCCCAGGAACACCCCACAUACCCUGCAUGGAAUCCUGCUUACGAACUCUUUCCCAAAACAGAGGUCAAGCCCUACCCAGACUUUGUGUUUGCCGUAAUUGUCCUCCUUUGUGUAAUGCCUGUGGUUUCGAUUCCACUGGUGGCCCUCUACAAAGGAAUCCAAAAGGUCAAGAGGAGAUCUUCCACACGGGAGGGGCUAAACCCGUACAGCAAUGACGCUUUUGAGCUCGAACCGCAGUAACUUCGGGGGCAGUAACCUCUGCAACUGUUAUCAUGAACUAUGUUUCAAUUUCACAAAAGUAACCUCCUGUGCACAUUAUUGGCAGCUAGCAACUGCUUUCUUAUGUUCAUACUUUGUUUUUUUUGCAAGGACCUAAGACAACAUAUUGUUGUCUGUUGGGGAUGAGUACAGUAGUUUGAACUGAAGUUGAUGUCUUGUGGGUGAGUGGGAAAGCAUUUUGGCAUCAUGACAAAGGAUCCUCUUUUUUAGACAUAGGCAUAUUGAUAUUUCAGUCAAUAAAAAAGUGAGCGUAUUCACACAAUAUAGUGCA